UCUUUGGUGAUAAUCCAAACUCAGGCUGGCUGUUUGGGAAAUCUGUUAUUUAGUGAUUUAUUUUAGGGCUGGUCUGGGCUACUUUUUAGUUUUUACACGCCAAAUUCCCCUUGAAUCCCAAAGGAUCGAUCGAUCGAUCGAUCUGCUGUGACCGGGCAGUUGAUCAUCCUCGCGAUCGAUCGAUCUCUAGAUCGUCGUCGUUUCUGGGCAUCAAUCGAUCCGCUGUCUUUGGAACCCUAAUUCGGGAAGGGUAGCUGGGGAGGGAGGGAGGGAGGGAGAGAGAGAUGGUGCUAUCGCAAAAGCUACACGAGGCCUUCAAGGGGACGGUGGAGCGGAUCACGGGGCCGCGUACUGUCUCAGCCUUAAAGGAGAAGGGCGUUCUCAGCGUAUCCGAAUUCGUCGUCGCUGGCGACAAUCUCGUUGCGAAAUGCCCUACCUGGUCUUGGGAGGCUGGCGAGCCGAGCAAAAGGAAGACAUACCUGCCUGCAGACAAGCAGUAUCUCAUAACGAGAAACGUGCCUUGUCUACGGAGGGCUAGUUCGGUGGAAGAAGAAUAUGAUGCUGCUGGAGGAGAGUUUCUUCUUGGUGAUGAUGAUGAUGAUGAUAAUGAUGGUUGGUUGGCAACUCAUGGGAUGCCAAAAGGGACCAGGAGUGCUGAUGAAGAAGUUUUACCUUCCAUGGAAUCUCUAGACAUCCGAAAAGAUGUGGCUAUCAAGUCUAUCCCCUCUUAUUUUGGUGGUGAAGAGGAGGAAGACAUACCUGAUAUGGCUGAUUACGAGGAUUCAGAAAACCUUAUAGAGGCAGAUCCUGCCACCCUCCAGUCAAAGUAUUUGGUUGCAACUGAACCAGAGGAUGAUAACAUUCUUCGGACCCGAACAUAUGAUAUUAGUAUCACGUAUGACAAAUAUUACCAAACUCCUCGCGUAUGGCUAACAGGAUAUGAUGAGUCAAGGGCCCCUUUGCAGCCAGAACUAGUAUUUGAAGAUGUUAGCCAGGAUCAUGCACGGAAAACAGUAACAAUUGAAGAUCAUCCUCACUUGCCAGGGAAGCAUGCAUCUGUACAUCCAUGUCGUCAUGGCGCAGUGAUGAAAAAGAUCAUUGAUGUCCUCAUAUCACGUGGAGUUGAACCAGAAGUUGAUAAGUACCUCUUCUUGUUUCUGAAGUUCAUUGCCUCUGUGGUUCCUACUAUUGAAUACGACUACACCAUGGACUUUGAUCUUGGCAGCUCCAGUCAUUGAUCAAAGUGGUCUGGUAAAUGACAAAGUAUGAAGGCAGACAGAAGUGCAAAUGUCAACUUCUGGGCAAAAUUUGGAUCAUUGUUUAUGCUUGUGAACAUGUGUGAAGCAAUAUGAUACGGUUGCAGUCUUUUAUUUGUUAUAGUUAUUGCCUUCUACAAGUCUGCACCUGGAGUAGAAUCAAGUGUGGGAAUGGGAAUGCAGGUAUGCGAGUGGGGGAGCUACGUUUAUAUUAUUUAAUGUAAUAUUGGAAUAUGGUCAAGCCAGUAAACAUAUAAAACAAGUGAAAGAAAAUGUAUUGACAUGAUGGCGAUAUUUGUAUAUAGUUAAUGUUUUCAAGGUAUCAAUUUCAUAA